GGUGUCUCUGAUGACUGACGAAGAGUCGCCCAGUUACACGAGAUCUCCCGGGGAAUAAUGUCAAAAUGACGACGUCAUGCACGUGCACUCUUCUCGUGUUUGCUUUGAUCAUCACAGAAAUGAGGGAACCCCUGUCAUCUGCAUUAUGCGGACUCUCAGAAUUUUCCUGUGAUAACGGUAAAUGUGUUCGACAAAACAUGUUUUGUAACGGCAGAGAAGACUGUGGGGAUGGUAGCGAUGAGCCACGAGGGUGUAUGGUUUGCAACAGAACUUUCAAUGGUGAAGCCAAUGUUAAGUACAGACUCCACAUUAGUGAACCGUUUCGCCGCCAGAUGCCGUUCCUCUGUGUGGUCAGCUUCGUAGCUGGUGGAGCCCAAUAUGGCGACUACGUGGAAUUACGAUUCCUUUCAUUCAACGUCGGGUCGCUCGAGAAAGGGGGUGCAUCCGAACUGACUUGUUACGGUGGUCACCUGAAGGUUCUUGACACCAAAAGUCCAGAAACAGACAUAAAUCACCAGCAAACACGUGGCCUCAGCCAGCUUGUCUCGGCCAUUAAGCACACUAACGGAAUAUUACCCAGCUUGUACAACAUUCAUGAACAGCGUGUGCCUGACUUUGGCUAUUUCUGUGGCCAAAGGGCAGUUGGUCGAGGUGUCAAUUAUUUCUCAAGUGGAAAUAACGUCACGCUUCUGAUUUUCAUGUCACGUAAGACAUCCUGGCGAUCUCAAUCAUUUAGUGUUUUCCUCACGUAUAGGUUUAUAACCAGGAAGGUACAUGUUGGAGUUCCAAAAGAUGACACUAAGAUUAAUGUGGGAAUCGUCAACUCUUUUUGUAAUGUAGAAUACCGCGACUGUGUGAACCAAGUGUGCGUUAUUAGAUCUCCAAAUUUUCCUGGCACAUUUUUACCAAAUUUUACGUGUCAGUAUCUAAUAAAACAAGAACUGGUUCCAAAGGGUUUUCAUGCACAGGUAUUAUUAAAGCAAACUAAUGAAUACAAGAUAUCCAUCGAUAAUGGACACUCUGGACCUGGAGCGAUUCCAAGUGUUUCACUGACCACGGACUGUCCACGAGACGUGGUGCGUAUAUUCAAUGGUCCGACACCGGAUGCAGUAUUGUUGACUGAGUUCUGUGGAACAGGUCCUCUUCCUGUAGUCAGGUCCAGUCAGUCCAACGUUUUGGUCCAGUUAGUUAGUGCACCGUACCAGCAGUUACAUGACUCCAGACUAGAGAUCGAAGCGGAAGUUAGAUUUGUCAAGGAUCCCUUCUGGCGGAUUUCGGGGAACAGUUGUGAAUUUCUAAUCGAUGAUUCGCGUGACAGUGUGGGGAUUAUCGAAAAUCCCGGACACACUGUGCCGCCACACACUACCUGUACCUAUAGCUUGAGAGGCAGAAAUCCAUCUGACCGUGUGUGGUUGUAUUUUACUUCUUAUAUUGUGGAGGACAAGCAUCCAUGGUCACUCAAAGAAUUCUGUGACACUGGUCGAUUCGAGAUUCUAGGGUUAGCUGCUCCACAUCAUCCGGUAUUUCUAGGAAAUGAAUCUUCAUUGGAAAACCUAACUUACUGUGAGAAAAGUUCACCACGACUUUGUGCACGGGCAGGAGAAACCCCUAAUCUCACCCCUUUCCGUCCAUGUCGUUUUCCAAAAGAGUCAUACUUUUCUAAAGGACCAGAACUAAUACUUCGGUUACAUUACCCAAGAUUAUCGGAAAUUUCGACUCUUCAGCCCAUUUUCAAAGCACGCUACGAAAUCGUAGACACUAGUCAACCCGGAGAGGCUGCCCAUUUGCCCGGGGAGGCUGCCCAUUUCUCCCUCUGUGAUCGAUUUUUAUAUAGUAGAAGUGGCACGAUCUUCUCCCCCCGGAAUGUUUUGUAUUAUGGACGAGGAGGCAGUAGCGAAAUUUCAUGUCGUUAUAAUCUCCAAGGAAAAGACUCGUCCAGAGUAAAAAUUGCCUUUCAAAGUUUACAUCUCUUAUCAUCACUGUGUAAAAAUGUCGUUGAUAAAGCAUCUCAUGAAAGAACUUGUGAAAUUACACAGGGACAUAAAGAACCCAUUUCUUUUAUACAGGUUGUUGAAAACUGGCAGGGAGUCGAAAUACUGACGGCCUGUUUUUGUAACAUAAGUUUUAUAUCAUUCAAACGUAGGCCGAUUGAACUGACGUCUCUCAGUAAUAACGUUUCUCUGAUCUUUACCGUAAAACGCAUGACUUCGUUACAAGAUUAUCGCCAUUUUAAUUUUGAAGCCAGUUACGAAUUUUUCUCUUUUCCCAUUUGUGACAAAGCUGUUGUAGAAAAGAAUGGUUCUUCCUGGCAACUUACUCUAUCUGUGUACGAAGCCAUGUUACACGAGCAUGGACAGUUUCGUUGUAAAUGGUCGCUCAGAGGGGUUGCUAGUAAAAACCUGUACAUAGCGUUUCGUGGAACAAACGGGACAGAAAACUGUGCGGCUAAUAAUAAUAUAGCGAAAGUAUAUUCGGGAAGAAAUGAGGCUGCCUUUGCUGUAGUUUGCCUUAAUGACGAUGCUACAAAACCAGAAAUGGUGGUACCAUUUUGGUACGCCAUGGAAACGUCAAGCUUUUAUCCACCUAGCCCCGGGUUACCAUGGCUGUCGGAUCACGUCAUUCUUGAAACGCUUAUCAAAGCUGCUCAAACGGUGCGUGUCUAUUGGGGCGAGGUUACCAGCCCCUUACUCAAAAGAAACAUUGGUCAUUCCUUACGGAAAAUUAAUUGCCUCACCAGAUGCCCAGAAAUUAACGCCUGUAUCAGCCCCGACCUCUGGUGUGAUGGAAAGAAACACUGCCCUUCGGGAUACGAUGAGGCAGUGGCACACUGUCAACGCUUUCCCGUGUUGUAUAUCACCGCCGGAGUCGGAGCUACGGUCUUACUCUUGGUGCUGGUUGUUGUGACGAUAAUUGUUACCCGGAGAAAACGCGGCCGUCGUGGUAAGCAGCCUAUACAGAUACCAACGGUUGAUCUGUUUGAAAUGAAUGGCAACAGGAGAACUGCAGAAGAUCGUUUUUUAAAGUAUUAAUCCACGGUAAUAUGUCCACAAGCUGUGAUAUACACUAUACUACAUUUCAUUAAACUUACGAAAGAGAACUGUUACAACAUUAUCGUGUUACACAACUAACAACGUGUUUCUACACGACUCCGCAUCCUGACGCUCUAGUUGUACUGGUAUUACAUCUUACGUUAUAGAACUAACAGAGACACGCGAAAUAAAGUUAAAAAAAAAGUACCAAGAAUGAAAUCUACGUGAUUACUCAUUUCUUAACAGAAUUUGUAUCCAUUUUCUUUAAAGUUCUUCACAUUUGCUGUACUGAGUAAAAUAAUUUCUAUUUUAACUGUUUAGUACACAAAUAAAAGCUGAU